AUGGACGGGCCGAUCUGGAUGGGUAUCACCGCAGAUGCUAAGGACUUGAUUCAGAAUCUGUUGGUCCGGGAUCCUGCGAAGCGCAUCACGGCGGCGCAGGCGCUGAGACAUGUUUGGAUUGCGCGAUUGGCUCCCAAUGCCUUCGUCAUUGACGGACGGCGGGUGAUCCAGAACCUGCGAGCCUUCGCUGCGCAGUCGCGUUUCAAGCAGGCGGCUUUGGCUGUGGUGGCGACACAGCUGAGUUCUAGCGAGAUGAAGCAGCUGCGACAGGCGUUCACCGCAAUCGAUACCGACAACAACGGCACAUUGACGCUGGAGGAGGUUCACGAAGCUCUGAAGAGCAUGGACGUGGACAUGCCCAGUGACUUGCAGACGAUUCUGGCUGCCAUCGAUGUCGGGGGCAAAGGACAUUUGAACUAUUCCGAGUUCCUGGCCGCUGCUGUGGAUCACAAGAGCUUCCUGUGUGAGGAGGUCUGCUGGAAUGCCUUCAAGUAUUUCGAUCGCAAUGACGAUGGCUUCAUCUCUCACAGCGAGCUCGAGAAACUCCUGGAGCACGAUGCGCUGCAGGAACUGCCUGAAGCACCCAGUGUGCGCAAGAUCAUCAACGAGGUGGACGUGAACGGCGAUGGGAAAGUGGAGUUCGAUGAGUUCAUGAGGAUGAUGCUCUGUGCGGAGCGAACAACGCCUGCGAGCUGA